AUGGGUGGUUCACUACGUACUGCGCGGUGCAAGGGAGCGAGCGACAGCAAGAGGCGGAAGAGCAGCUCACAAGCCAACGCCGGCGAAGCAGACACUGCCGCAGCAGCAGCAGCAGCCGGGGGAGAAACAGGGGGAACGGGGGGAACGGGGGGAACGGGGGGAACGGGGGAGGCGGCGGCGGGGGAGGCAGUGAGCGAGGCGCUGCUGGUGUGCAUGGCGAGCUGUCUGGCGGACUUAAUGAACAACCCGCGCAGCACCAUCGUGUGCAGCACGCGCGCGCAGGAGAUCUUCCAGUGCCUGCAGCCCGCGCUGCUGCUCCCGCGCGUCUCCAACCGCCUGCUCUACUUCCAGGUCUGCAGGGCGGUUUCCGAAGUGCUGCACCCGUCCACGUGGCCCAUGAACCAAUCCGCCGCCGUUCCCAAAAGCCUGCUGGAGCGGCUGAUUGAUCUAAUCACUCCGGUUAAGGCCUCGGUUGCUGGUGGUGUGAAGGGUGCUGAUGGGUCGGGUGAUAAGGAUGCUGGUGGGAAUGAAGCCGAUGCCACUGCUGCUACUGGUGCUGUUCAGAAUGUCGGUGAGAAUGGGGUAGGGGAGCGUGAGACAGAGGCCACGGAACCCGCCUUGGCAAACGGCACAGCUGCUGCAGACGCAGAGGCAGCUAAAGUAGCAGGGGCAGAGGCGGCUACAGCAGCAGCGGUAGAGGAGCAGGAGGGCGGCGGCAGCGAGGGCAGCAGCAACGAGGGCGACGUGACAGAGUCCUUGAUCCACAUGCAGGCGUGCAAGGCCCUGCUGGUGAUGGCCACCAACGGCGCAGCGGAUCUGAUCGUGCAGCACGUGCCCGGGGUGAUGGGCGCGCUGGAGCGGCUCCGGCAGGAGUCGGGCGUGGAGGAGGCCGUGGUGCAGGCUGAUGCUGCUCUCAUGGCUCUCUGGCUCUCACCUAAAGGAUACGCGCUUUCCAACCCAGAGCUGCGCCCAGUGGUAGCAGCGCACCUGCUGAGGGUGCUCGGCUCGCCAGACCUGGUGGAUAACCACCAGGACGUCAGCCUGGCGCUGGUGACGUCAACCAUCAACCCUGACGCUGCCACGCGGGCCAGCAUGCUCCAGCUGUACGCGGGACUGCUGACUCAGCAGCUGGAGCUCACGCAUAUCCUGAUUGGCCACGUGGACGACACUGACAGCCUGGCACACCAGAGCUUGGUGUAUUUCGUGCUGCACACGUGCGAGUCUGAGGACUGUGCCAAGGCCUUCACAGCCAACCAGACGGACUGUGAGGCGCUAGUGGCAGCACUGGUGGUGGCGGCACAGGCUGAGAACCACUAUGCUCCCAUUGCUGUCCUCGUCCGCCUGGCCAGCCGGCCUAGCACCCGGGACCAAGUCCUCACGCACAUUGACACCAGAACGCUCAAUCGCUUGCGCGCCAUUCCCGGGACUCGUGCUCGUCGAGAGGUUGAUCAGCUGGCAGCAGCAUUUGCAGAGUACAAGGGGGAGAAGCCCCCAGAGCGCACAGCAUCCAUGCCAUCAGAGGAGGAGCAGUCCAAGGAGGACAUUCUGAGGGACAUUGUGCGCAGCCAGUCCCACAGGAACCUCAAGUCGAGAACUGCAGGGGGGAAUAGCUAUGAGGAUUUGGCCGGCGCCAUUGCAAGCGUGGCGACGGGCGCUGCCAAGAUCACUGUAGACGAAUCGACAAAUGCUUGA